AUGGAUUUGACAAGGGCCUUCGAUUGUGUGGAACAUGGGAGAUUGCUGGAAAUUCUGGAGGAUUGCGGUAUAAAGGACAAUCAGUUGAGACUAUUGGAGAGCUAUUUAACAUCGAGAAAACAGAUAGUUAUUAUGGAGAUUGAUAGUGAAAUAUUGGUGUCAGAUGAAAGAGAAAUCUUGAUGGGCGUACCUCAAGGAAGUAUAGCCGGACCUGUUCUGUUCAUCGUUUAUAUUAAUUUUCUACCAAAAUUGCAUAAACCUAGGAGAUUGAUGUGUUCGACGAGGAUGUUUGCGGAUGAUGCCAAUUACUUGAUCAGAUCCUCAAGUAUUUCAUCUGCUGUGGGAGAAUCGAAGCUUAUCGAGUUAUCAAGCUUGUCGGGCGGUAGGAGGCAGCGGACUGGCCACCUUCGGAGCCGUCAGGAGGAAGAGUCUGUUGGGGGAAACUGUGGGGCAAGCGGCGCAGCCCCCCGAGAUGGCACCGUAAGCUCAGAUCAAGUCUCAGGAGGAAGAGGAGGUGACAGUUUGAACGAAGCACAGGCUAGUUCCACGGUUAUCUCUGGGAGACGAGAUGGGAGAAUGCGAUGGUCUGAGGAAGAAAACAUUCUUUUAAUGCGCGUUCACUUUAUUGCUUUGGAGAUGCAAGAACUCACAGGACGAACUUACCGACAAAUUUUAACUGAGACCUGGAAUGAAAUCUACCCAGAGAAACGAUCUUAUCCCAAUUUAUUAGCAAAUAGAGUCAGAUGGAUUCUCCAGAAUGGCAAAUUUUCGUCGAUGGAGCUCGAUUCUAUAAUGCAGAGUGUUUCACCACUUGGAGCGGAGGUACAGGAAGAAAUGGGGUCAACUGGGAAUGGUACGCAGGUGGAGACUAGAGUGAGCUUUAGACAAACCGGAACAGAGCGACGCUUCUCCAGAAAUUUGCAAUUGUUCUCGGGAAUGGGACCUGAGAAAAGACCAAAAUUGCCAAGGAUGAAGGGCUCCGUCAGGUUGCUUCAGACUGUUCGGAAAAUUGAUGACGUAUUGAACACCUGUAUGCGGAACUCAAAGAAUAUUGAAGAGAUACUGGACAUGGUCUAUGCGGCUGCGGUGACUUUCUGCGAGGAGGUUGGCAUUCAUUUAGGAAACAAUCAACCCACGCACCGCAAAGAUAAAACCCCUCCAUGGAAAAUACGCCUAGAAAAGAAGAUAGAUGAGAACAGAAGGAAGAUUGGGGUGAUUCACACUUACCUGCAUGCGGAGAGUCCAUCGAGAAAGCUUCUGAAGAAAACACUAAGAGUUGCGUCGGAGUACCGGGUGAGGAGUCGUGGUUGGCACCUGAGAGAGGAGCUGGUGACAAUCUGCGAUAGGCUGAAACAAAAGGUUAAAACUUUAGGCAAUCGCUUGAAACGUUAUAACGAGAGAGUUAAGAGGUACAGGAACAACGAACUGUAUUACAAAAACCCACAGCAAUUUUUUCGGUCGCUUGAAGAGGGAGUAGAGGCUGCAGGGGAAGAAUCGCCAUCAUUGAAAGAAAUGUAUAGAGAAUGGAAUGAAAUCUGGGGGGACGCGAAGACGCAUGACGACGGGGCCUAUUGGAUAAAAGAAGCUGAGAGGAAAGCUGAAACGUAUGACAUGGAAGAGCUUGAAAUAAAGGAGGAAGAUAUACGUAUGGUGCUGAGAAGGGCAAGAAAUUGGUCUGCCCCGGGCUCUGAUGGAUUGCACAAUUAUUGGUGGAAGAACUUCCAAUCAACACAUAAACAUCUGGCUAGAAUGUUCCAGGAAGCCCUGCACAACCCUUCGGUGAUACCGGAGUCUCUCACGCUUGGUGUAACCCACAUGAUACCAAAGGGAGAUAAAACCAGCGACCCAAAAAACUACGGACCCAUCACUUGCCUGCCCUCAAUAUACAAGAUACUUACAGGUGUGCUCACGACGACCAUUUGGAGGCAUGUGGACAACUAUGGAAUAAUGGCCCCAGAGCAGAAUGGAUGCAGGAAAAAUAUAAGAGGAUGUAAGGAGGCUCUCAUUGUUGAUCACCUGGUGAUGAAACAGGCCAGGAAAAAGCUGAGGAAUAUAUCUGUGGCAUGGAUCGACUAUAAAAAGGCCUUCGAUUGCAUGCCACACUCUUGGCUGCUGAAAACCUUGCGCCUUUAUGGAGUAUCUGAGUCUGUAGUGAAGCUUCUAGAACAUCUGAUGAAAUCGUGGCGUACGCAAUUACUGGUCACCACGCAGGGAAAAACUACCGCAACACCUGAAAUAAAAAUCAGAAGAGGAAUAUUUCAAGGUGAUAAGCUCAGUCCGCUAUGGUUCUGUCUGGCGCUGAAUUUCUUGAGUAAGCUUUUGAGAGAUGACAAAUAUGGCUACAUAAUUGAAAGACGAAGGAACACGAAGAUUAACCAUCAGCUUUACAUAGAUGAUCUGAAGCUUUAUGCAUCCAGUGAGGGGGAGAUGAAGAGAAUGCUCAAGAUUGUGGCAUCCUUCUCGGAGACGGUAAGGAUGGAAAUGGGGCUGAGUAAGUGUGCGGUGGUGCAUGUACAGAGAGGAAAACUGGUGGAGGGAGAUGAAAUGCAGGUGCAGGAUAGCAUAUCUAUCCGAAGAAUGGGGUUGGACGAAACAUACAAGUACCUGGGAGUUCAACAGGGGCUGGAAAUAAAUCUUGCCGAAUCUAAGGCAACCUUUAAAGAAAAGUUUUUUGGAAGGCUCAGAAAGGUCCUGGCAAGCAAACUGAACUCAAGAUCUAUGUUCACUGCCAUCAACACCUGGGCUGUUCCGUGCAUAGCCUACUCAUUUGGAGUUGUAAGAUGGUCGACCACAGAGCUCCAAUCAAUGGAUACAAGGGUAAGGGUUCUCCUGACAAAAUACGGGAUUCAUCACCCACAUGCCUCGGUAAGCAGACUAUAUGUACCCAGGAAGGAUGGAGGUAGAGGGUUACAGAGUCUGGAAAUCAUCCAUAAUAAUGUCGUGAAGGAUUUGAGAGGGUACUUUCAGACAAAAAACUCACCAUUGUUCAAGGUUAUAUGUCAGGAGGACGAGAACAUAACAGCGCUUAAUCUAUCAGACCGAAGAAAUCCCACCGAGGCACCGACCAUCGGAACGCUGACUGAACGGUGGCACGGAAUGACGCUACAUGGCAGGUACCCAGAAGCCCUGAAAAAUAAUAAUGUCAACAAGGAACAAUCACUUAAAUAUAUAACAGCGGGUUACUUAUAUCCUGAGACUGAAGGAAGACUGGUGGCAAUCCAAGACCAGGUGGUUCCGACUAGAGCAUAUAUUAAGAACAUAACAAAAAGAUACUUACCAUCAGAUAGAUGCCGAAAGUGCUCUCAGGGUCUUGAAACAAUACAGCAUGUCACGUCUUCUUGCUCCAUCUUGGCACCUAAAGAGUAUACAGACCGCCAUAACGCAAUGGCUAAGGUUUACCACCAAGCGAUAGCUAUAAGAACUGGAUUGAUACUCACCUCAAGGAAGCCGUACGAAUACGUGCCAAAAGCGGUCAUGGAAAAUGAGAAUUACAGGCUCUACUGGGACACCCUGAUGGAGACGGAUAGGCUGGUUGCACACAACAGACCGGAUAUUGUUAUCUUCGACAAAGUUAAGAAGGAGGCAAAUAUUAUCGACGUCACUGUGCCUGCAGAUGAUAACAUUUCUAGAGCAUACACCGAAAAAAAUACGAAAUACGAAGAUCUCGCUUUCGAGCUGAAAGAGAUUUAUAAUCUCAGAAAGGUGUAUAUUAUCCCGCUCAUAAUCACGACGAACGGCCUGGUGGAGACACAUCUGGGAGAGAACACAGCUCUAUUGGGAUUGGAUCAGGACAUCAUAAGCACAGCGCAGAAGGAGGUAGUCCUGUGGACGACAAGAAUAGUCCGAAAAUUUCUUGUCAAUGGCUGA